GGCCUAAGCUUGUUUAGGCUCUCACAGAGUCGGGUACAUAUUACUUUACAGGUGAAGCUGGGUUCUCUGUUGAGAUCCACAGAACCCAGAAGAAGAAGAGGCAAAUGACUGCCGUUUUUAAUUUUUAUUUUUGAAAGUCAACACAUGAACUAAGCUUUGAUGAUAUAACAUCCACCCCCCUCUGCCCGACAAGGUCGAAUCAUGGCUGCUGCAGAACCCCAUAGCAUUGAUUUCUUGAUGAGACAAGGGGCGGACUGAUUCAAAAAUGCAGCGUAACGGCGGCGGACUCGGGGGUGGCGGACAGCCAUGGGUGUUGAGGCAUGUGCGUCUCACCUGGCUCAGUUUCAUGCUUUUCUUUAUCCUGGUUUUCUUCCCUCUGAUUGCCCACUACUACCUCACGACCAUCGAUGAAGCCGGGAGUCCUGAUAAGCGGAUCUUUGGGCCCCGGCCCGGUGGCGAAUUGUGCGAGGCCAAACAUGUGCAAGAUCUGUGCCGCAUACGCGAGUCCGUCAGCGAAGAGCUGCUACAGCUGGAGGCCAAGAGACAGGAGCUCAACGGGGAGAUCGCCAGGCUCAACCUGCGCAUUGAGGCCUGUAAGCGGAGCAUCGACAGCGCCAAGCAGGACCUACUGCAGCUGAAGAAUGUCAUCAGUCAGACGGAGCAUUCCUAUAAAGAACUAAUGUCCCAAAACCAGCCAAAGCUGUCCUUGCCUGUCCGAUUGCUGCCUGACAAGGAAGAUCCUGGGCUCCCACCACCGAAAUCUUCCCGAUCCUGCCGCCUGCACACCUGCUUUGACUAUGCCCGUUGUCCCCUCACAUCUGGCUUUCCAGUUUACGUUUACGACACAGGCUCCUAUCCAUGGGGGGAAUAUAUUGAUCCGCUGGUGAAGCAGGCUUUUGCCGAGUCGGUUAAGAAUAAUAUUUACGUAACGAAUGACCCCAGCAUCGCGUGUCUGUAUUUGGUGUUGGUCGGGGAACUACAGGAAUCGCCGACUUCUUUCCCGCCAAACCCGUCGGAUUUAGAGAGGCAACUUAAAGCCCUUCCUUAUUGGAGGUCGGAUGGACACAAUCAUGUAGUGGUCCAUCUUUCGCGAAAGUCCAUGACACAGAAUUUCCUGUAUAAUGUCAGUACGGGGCGAGCAGCAGUCGUUCAGUCCACCUUCGUGGAGCAGCAGUAUCGAGAAGGAUUCGACAUGGUCGCAUCCCCACUGGUUCACGCCCUCUCGGAACCCAACUUUUUGCAGUUGCCUCAUCAGGUACCCGUAAAAAGGAAAUACCUCUUCACCUUCCAGGGGGAGAGGGUCGAGUCGCUGAGGAGCAGCUUGCGAGAGGCUCCUCCGCAGUCAUUUGAGGAAGAGAUGGACGGCGAUCCGCCGGCUGACUAUGAUGAUCGCAUCAUUGGCACGUUAAAAGCAGUGCAGGAUAGUCAGUUGGACCAGGUGCUCAUAGAGUUCACCUGUAAAAACCCCAAGCCGAGUUUGCCGACUGAGUGGUCUCUUUGUGGAGAGCGAGAGGACAGGCUGGAGGUCCUUAAGGCAUCUACUUUUGCCUUGGUCAUUGCCCCGGGAGAUGGGCAAGUGGUUGCCUCAGCGGGCUGUGGAAUGAGACUUUUCGAAGCUCUCGAGGUCGGGGCCAUCCCCGUUGUGCUCGGGGACCACUCCAAACUACCUUACCACCAGUUUAUUCGAUGGAGCGAAGCUGCCAUUAUGGUCCCUAAACCACGUGUGACAGAACUUCAUUUCCUGCUGCGCAGCCUAUCGGACAAUGACAUGCUAGCUAUGAGACGACAGGGUCGCUUUCUGUGGGAAACCUACUUUUCCACCUCCGAGAACAUACUUAAUACUAUCCUUGCCAACAUUCGCACCAGGAUUCAGAUUCCUGCCGCACCCAUCAAUGAAGAGCCUGCGCAAGAAAUCCCCCAUAAAGCAGGGAAGCUAGCAGGGACUGAUGCUAACUUAGCAGACAACGGGGAUCUCGAUUUGGGUCCUGUAGAGACGGAGCCUCCGUACGCCUCCCCACGCUUUCUGCGCAACUUUACGUACACGUCGGUGAGCAUAUACCAAACAUGGAACCGCGCUCCCGGCCCUUUUCAUUUGUUUCCCCAUACUCCGCUGGACCCCGUUCUGCCUUCCGAAGCCAAAUUUCUGGGUUCGGGGACAGGUUUCAGGCCCAUCGGUGGAGGCACGGGAGGAUCCGGGAAGGAGUUCCAAGCAUCGUUAGGCGGGAACGUUCCCAGAGAACAGUUUACUGUGGUCAUGCUGACGUAUGAGAGGGAGGAAGUGCUCAUGAACUCUUUGGAGCGGCUGAACGGACUGCCAUACCUCAACAAGGUCGUAGUUGUGUGGAAUUCACCCAAGCCUCCUUCUGAUGACCUGCUGUGGCCUGACAUCGGGCUGCCCAUUGUGGUCGUCCGCACCGAAAAGAACAGCCUCAACAACCGUUUCCUUCCCUGGGAUGUCGUGGAGACCGAGGCCAUCCUUUCGAUUGACGAUGACGCCCACCUACGUCAUGAUGAGAUCAUGUUUGGCUUCAGAGUGUGGCGAGAGGCCAGAGAUCGUAUUGUCGGUUUCCCCGGGAGAUAUCAUGCCUGGGAUAUCAACCAUCAGUCCUGGCUCUACAACUCCAACUACUCCUGUGAGCUCUCCAUGGUCCUGACAGGAGCGGCGUUCUUCCACAAGUAUUACGCCUACUUGUACUCGUACGUGAUGCCCCAGGCCAUCAGAGAUAUGGUGGACGAGUACAUCAACUGUGAGGACAUCGCCAUGAACUUCCUGGUGUCGCACAUCACCCGCAAACCACCAAUCAAGGUCACGUCUCGCUGGACUUUCCGCUGCCCCGGUUGCCCUCAGGCGCUGUCGCACGACGACUCGCACUUCCACGAGCGCCACAAGUGCAUCAACUUCUUCGUCAAGGUGUAUGGCUACAUGCCGCUGCUGUACACGCAGUUCCGUGUGGACUCCGUGCUUUUCAAAACGCGCCUGCCACACGACAAGACCAAAUGCUUCAAGUUCAUCUAGCGGCGGGCCGAAGAGCCAAAGCGAAAAUGAUGACGAAGUUGAAUGGAUGCAUAGAAGGUGAUGCUGAAUAAGGGCCCCCACUGCCAACCUCAAGAAAAAGCCCUUCAUAGGUGUGACACUCAUUUUGAGUUUUUUUUUUUUUGUUUUUUUUUGUGUCCCUCAUCAAGCUUCGUCAUGAACCACUACAGAUGUUUUAUAAUCCUGAAAGUGGUUGUACAGAGUGUACAGAAAUGGGGAAAAAUUCUAUCUAAAAGAUAGAAACUACUUGGUCACCUAUGUUGACCCACAGACAGUUUCAUUGCUUCUGGUUGGUCAUUUCACAGUGAUGAGCUGUAUUCCAAGUACAUAUAUGUGAUGGAAGCACUGAUUGUCAAAACUAUUUUAUUGAGCUUUUUUUUUUUAAUGUGCAAAAGGACAUUUUUUUCCAUCCAUCCCUGACUUAGAACCUUUGGGGUAAUUCCUGUUGAGUUCAGCAAGUCACCAUAAUGCCUGAAUUUUAUCAUGGAAACCAGCCGAUAGCAGAUUUGUUGUGUGCGUGUGUGUGUCCACAGUCUGUUGUGGCCUGCUUUUUCGUCAUUUUUUUUCAUAAAGGAGUAUUUGGGCCACUCUUAAAAGAAAAAAAAAAGAUAACAAGAAUUUAUCAAAGCUGUAAUAUUAUAAAAGUAAAGUCCUAGCGACAACAGUCCUCCGAUAAGUUUCCAGUCCGCGGUGUAUUCUAUGAACUCUAAUCAGGCCAAGCAAUAUCGAAAAUGGUUGAAUGGAUGAGAAAUAAAAUCACCUCAGAGCUGAGCAACAAAUGGAGUAACUUUUUGUGGUGUUAUUGGAAACACAAAACUCCCUGCAGAGAAGAUGUUCGUUUCUCUGUGCCCGCACCGCAAAUGCCACUUGCUCCAUGCCACCACUCUUUUGUACUUUCUACAUAAUUAUGAAUCGCAUGGCCACAAUUUAAAAAAUUAAAGAAAAAAAUACAAUGGCAUGAGGAAACGAUGGUGUACUAGUUUUUCCUCAGCGUAGCCCAAAUGCUCCUUUGUAUUGUAACAAUGUCAUUUCAGAGAGUGUCUGGUUGUAUUAUCCAUUUGUGACAUGCACAAUCUCAGCUGCCAAACACCGCACAAAGUCAACCCCUACCCCACCCCACGGUGACGUGAAACUGUUAGAAUUAAGGUGAAAUAAUGGAGGUGCACGAACAGAACAUUGGAUGUCCUGACUUGACUGCCCUUAGUCUCACCGUGUAUGACCGACUUGUACAGAACUCUCCCGAACACGUUUGUCUAAAUGUCACUUUAAAGUGUCACCAUAUUGGUUUCACUUUUAUUUUAGAGAAAGUAAUCGCUCCAUGAAUGUUUUCUUUGCCAAACAGGUACAAACGAUGCAGUCCGGUACGCCCGCAAGCGAGUUGAUUCAUUUGAGCUUCAGAAUUGUGAGUCGAAAGUCUUUUUAAGGAACAAACUAGAUGCCGCAGUUCUU